AUGCGCUUAAAGGCCUGGUACAACCUGCAUAAGCAGUAUCAACAAAGUCUCAAAACUGAGGAGGACCUACUGUGGACGAAGAGGCCAGAUAUGUGCACGGAUUUCGACAUUAACCCCGAUAAUACAAGAUCUGGUUGGCGGGUGAAAGGCCACUUCUACAGCGAACCUGCUAUGGACGAUACGAUCAUCGCAAGGCUUCGACGCGUGGAUAGUUGGCUAAGAGAGAUUGAGUAUGGGAUGUCGGCUUUCCACUCCAUGUUCGCCGGGCUGACAAUGCGCAAAACACUGCAAGAAAGGUUCCAUCAGCGAUCCGACUGGAUGCUUGAGCAAACCAUCAGGCCAUGGUUUCAUGUCAUCAAAUCACACGUUAGAGAACGCAAUUCCUCCGCGCUGGGAGGAAGACAUAUUGAUGGAGGGAUAACCGUGGACGAAAAGAUCAAAGACAUAACCGAGCGCCUUGCUACCGCAUCUCGAGACCUUUCGGCAUGGCGGCCGAAAGCCAACGCUGCGAUAACAUCCAAGGUCGCCACGCAAACGCCAUACGAAAUUCUCCUCGAGGGCUGCGUCUGGAAAGCCCAAAACGAGGUUGUCCAACGCCUCAAACGACGCUCGAUGUCACGCGGCUUUAGCCAUGUUACAGACGAGCUUGCACUGAGCGUCCGGCGCACACUGGAGCAGCUCGAGGAGUACUUCCCGUUGGAUCGCAUGAAGUUCUCCUAUCGCCCAGCGACGGCGGUUAUGUGUGGACGGUGCGGCAUCACCGGCGGGACCAAACCGAUGACGACAAGCGACCCCCUUGCUAAAAAGGGUCCCAGCCCGUUGCUCAGAUUAAUCUGGGAGCAGAGUACCCAGCCCAACGGCCGGUUUCGGGGGCCGUCUGAGCAAAUCAUCGGCCAGAAUCCUUUGCUGCAACCUCAACGGACGCUUGGCGACGACCAGCUCGCCGAACUGGAUGACUUUCAUGACGCACCCCGCUUCAUGCAGCGACACGUCGAAGGAACGAUUGACCAGCAUAGGAGACAGAAGGGCGCGUGUCCGCUGUGCAGAGUGGUCUUUAGUUACGUUGAGCUUGAGGAGGGCGAACCCCACCGAGAACCUAGGCCCGCUGGGGUUUGCGCAGAAUGCAGGACUGCCUGCCAAUGUGAUGCCCAUCAGCACGACUACGGGGAAAUAAGGGAGGGCGACGCGCUUUAUCGGGAGAUCCUUUGA